AUGUGUAAUAUUUUUCCUACAAAUCAUUCCACCGCGUCAUUUACACCGACAUCUCAGGCCAACCACACAGGACCACCACUUCAGGGCAACCACACAAAACCACCGUCUCAGGCCAACCACACAGGACCACCACAUCAGGCCAACCACACAAAACCACCGUCUCAGGCCAAACACACAGAUCCACCACGUCAGGCCAACCACACAAAACCACCGUCCCAGGCCAACCACACAGAACCACCGUCCCAGGCCAACCACAUAGAACCACCGUCCCAGGCCAACCACACAGAACCACCAUCCCAGGCCAACCACACAGAACCACCAUCCCAGGCCAACCACACAAAACCACCGUCCCAGGCCAACCACACAGAACCACCAUCCCAGGCCAACCACACAGAACCACUAGAUGACAAUUGA